GUGAGACACAGACACGCUAAACGACACAGCCAAAGCUCAAAGCUGCAGUUCCCACCGGAACGGGCCCAGCCCGAUUUGACCCCGCGUCUCACGGCUCGCCGAACAUCGGACAUCAGCGGCUUGUUUCCAAAGGCAGGGACUGUAUCGAGGCACACAUGAUUGUAGAACAGCUUCUGAAUAUACCCCUGAUAUUCACGCCCAAACAUAACCCCCUCCAUCCUCACCGUAAACCACCGUCGACACCAUGGCCUCGGACGGGAUCAAGAAUGUGCUCAUCACCGGCGCGUCCGGCAUGAUCGGGCCUCUGCUCGCCGCCCGCCUUUUGCAGGAGCCCGGCUACCGCGUCGUCCUCACCGAUGUCAUCACCCCCAAGGUCCCGCCGGGCGUCGCCCACCCGGAGAACGCCAUCUGCGUCCAGGCCGACCUGACCGACCCGACCUCCCUCGACGCCCUGUUCGCUGCAGCCCCCAAGCCGCUGGCCGCCGCCUUCAUCUUCCACGGCAUCAUGUCGGCCGGGUCCGAGGUGAACCCGGACCUGGCCAUGCGAGUCAACCUGGACGCCACCCGCGCCAUCCUGUUCAAGCUCGCGGCGGAGCAGCCCGGCGUGCGCGUCGUCUACGCCUCGUCCAACGCCGUCUACGGUACGCCGCUCCCCGACGUCGUGACGCCCGACACGACGCCGACGCCGCUGGGCGUCUACGGCGCCACCAAGUACAUGUGCGAGAUCCUCGUCAACGACCUGAACCGCCGCGGCCUGCUCGACGCCUUCAGUGUGCGCUUCCCCUCGGUCUCGGUCCGCGCCGGCGCGCCCUCGCCCGCCGCCAGCGCCUUUUUGUCGGGAAUCAUCCGCGAGCCCAUGGCCGGGCUCGAGUGCCGCGUCCCCAUCGCGGACCGCCAGUUCAAGGCCACGCUGUGCACGCCCCGCGUCUGCGUCGAGAACCUGGUGCGCGUCAUGGGCUGGCCCGCCGACAAGCUGCCACCGCACAAGCGCGCCCUCAACUUCCCGGGCGUCAUCGCGAGCGUGCAGGAGAUGCUGGACGCCCUGGCCAGGUACGGCGGCGAGGAUAAGCUAAAGUUGGUCAAGGAGGAGCAGAACGAGGUUAGCGAGAGGCUCCUGCGCAGCUGGGCGUGGAACAUUGACUACUCGCGCGAGCUGGGGCUGGGCCUGGAGAGGGACCAGAGCGCGGACGCAUUGGUGAAGGAGUACAUCGACAGCCUAAAAAAGUGAGCAGGUAACUAAGCGAGUAUAUCCCUCCCAUUUUCCACACCACUUCCU